AGGCAUCGUUGGCUCAAGUUCCCAGGCAGCGCCCCAGCCCGCGGCCCGCAGCCCGCCCCUAGAGACGACCCUCGAUCCUCGGCCCUCGGGGUGGCCGGCCGCGACCGCUGCAGCCGCGAGACGAUGGCCCGCACUCGCAGCCCUCUCCUCGCCGCGCUCCUGGCCGCGGCCGCGCUGUGCCUGGGCGCGCAGCUCCUGGCCCCCGCCUUCGUGCAGCCGAGGGCGGCCAGGGCGCAGGAGGUCGACCCCGCCCUCGCGGGCGCCAUCGCGGGCCUGAUGGCGCUCCCUGGCGACGCGCUGGCGGAGGGCGGGAAGAUCCCCGGAGCCCCGCUCGCUGGCUCGCCCGUGUGCCUCUCGAAGCCGCUGGUCUGGCUGAUCUACCCGCUGUGCGACCUCGUCUUCCUCACCUCGCCCAUCUACCUCGCCCCGGUCGGCCCCGCCCCCCGCCUGCGGGGCCCUUCGCGGCGAGCGUCCGCGGCCCUGGCCGCCGCGCUCCUGGCCGCGGCCGCCCUCGCCGCGUGCCGCGCGGCGCGGGCUGGCCGGAGGACCCGGGGCGCCGAGGUGGCGCCAGCCGCCGAGGGAGCCGCCGGCCUGGUCGAGGCUCGGGAUCUGCUGGAGGCUGUGGCCACGGAGCGGCUGGAGAAGAUGUCGACCGAGGAGCUGAUCAAGCUCGCGAAGAAGCUCCAGGGGGAGGUGUCCGAGAUCGACGACGACAUGGACCUCUCCGUGGAGGAGGACCCCUGCAAGGCCCGCAGAGAGAGCGCGCGCCGGCUGAAGGCCGCGAGGCUCCGCAGGCUCCGGGCCGAGGCGGAGAGCGGAGAGGAGGAGAAGGAGGAGUUCAAGGAGCUCCUCGAGGAGGAGAUGGAAGAGAUCGAGGGCGAGGAAGACCCGUGCACCAUGCCGGAGGAGGCGUUCGUGAAGGUGGAGGAGGUCCUGGACGAGGAGAUCGAGGGCACCGAGGCGGAGAGCCAGGGGGCCCGGGACGAGGAGGAGGCCCAGCGGAGAGCGGGCCGAGGCGCUGUCGAGGUGGAGGCCGCUGGCGAUUCCGUCGCCCGCGGUCGCACAGCGGCGAAGGUCAGCACCGAGGAUCUCAACCUCACGCACCAGCACACAGCACCGCCGGCCAGCGCGAAGUGCUCCGCGAGCCACGAAGACUGCGGGUCCACGAGGUGCUGCUCCGACCCUGGGCUGCAGUGCUAG